AAUAAAAUAUUCCCAGCCUUCUUAGCCAUGCAAUUUACAAUGAUCAAAUGAAGUAUGUGAGAGCACUUUAUAUGAUUAUAAGAGAUGUCAAAUUUGAAGAAGUAUAGGUGCUAAAUAACCAUCUAAAUGAAUGCAAACAAUAUUACAUAGCUCUGCCUGGUUUUUCUUCUCAUUUUUCUCCCUCCUUCUGACCUGUUUUGUUUCUCCUGAAUUUCGUUUAAUAAGUCAUCCAUUUCCAACUAAACUACAUAUCUUUUCCUAUACAAGAGAAUCCCCUUUAACUUUCCGUCUGAUUAUACUGAACAUUCAACAUUAACAAAUUGUGCAAAGUUUAAUUCACAAUAAAAUUUCAUCUGUAGGUCACCAUCAUGAACUUCAGUGUGGACAUGCUUUUUGUGAACGGUGCUUGUUAGUAACUGAAGAAUACAGCACAAUUAUAUGCCCUGAUUGUGAGGUUGCUACAACUAUAAAUACAAAACAAGGAUACUGCCCAAUAGAUGGAUAUAUUAAAGAAGAGUCUUUUAUGGAAAAACUGCAGCCAAAAAAAAUAAAGAACUGUUCUCAGGACUUUAAAAAGACUGCUGACCGGCUAACUGUUGGUUUAGAACAUUCAGCCUUCACACGUGGGACUGUUCUGAACCCAUCAGCUGUAAUGGAGGAGACUAAAACUGUGGAAGAAAUUGAUGAAGCAUUGAAGAUAGCAGGCCAGAAUUUUGAAGAAUUAAGUAUUGCUGUAAAAAUGCUCGAACACAUACACAGUCAAACAAAAGAGGAAACAGUCAGUCUUAUAGAAGUUCUGGAGAAACAGUUUGAUCAGCUUUUUACUUCUCUUGAUUCCAGGAAAAAGAACCUGUGUGAAGAAGUAGUAAGAAAUACAGGUGAUUAUUUAUCAAAUGUAAUGAUGGCUAAGAGCUACAUUGAGGAGAAAAAAAAUGAUUUGGAUGCAGCUAUGAAGAUAGCAAGAGAAUUAAAAUCGGCACCUUCUCUAAGGACAUACUGUGACCUGAAUCAGAUUAUUCAGACUUUGAAGCUAACAUUUGAGAGUGAAUUGUCACAGGUUAGCUCUCUAAAACUAAGGAACUCUCCCAAGUUGAACAUGAAUUGCGGUGAGAUCAUCUGUAUGUUCAACACUAUGGGAAAGAUUGAAUUUGAAGACUCAACAAAAUGUGAUCCUCAAGAAAAUGAAAUUGGACAGAAUGUUCUAAAGAACAAUAAUCAUAAAAAGGAAUUUGCUUGUAGUCGUACACAACCAUCACUAAAAAAGAAAAAGUUUGACAUUUCUGUCCUAACUAAUGAAGCCCCACCAACUACUUUGCGAUGGGAAACCAAUAAUGUGCAUUUAGAAGCAAAAAACUUCCAGCCACAGAAAGAGAUUGUUGCAACAACAUCCCCUAAAACCACUGCUGCUUUACCUCAGAUGGGAUCCAGCCCUGAUGUGAUCAUUGAAGAAAUUAUUGAAGAAAACCUGGAAAGUGAGUAA